UUGGAAAAAUGCAUGGCUCAUAGCAAUGGGACCAGUGAGUUACGAGGCUGAAGGAUGGACAUUCCAGGCCUGAGCUCCGAAAGUCUGGAGGAUCGUCAUCCCCAGCCAACCAUGACCCUUCCUAUGACAACAUUGUGUAGCUCCAACAACGAUGACACUCUUCCAGCCCCGGCACAGCAACAGCAACAGCCUCAACAACAACAGCAAACACAGCAUUGUUUCAGCAGCUCGGCAAAGAUGGCUGAUUCAAUCGACCCAUUUGGUUUGAAUAUCAGCAAGUCAGAACAUUCAUUCAGUCCAGUGUUGUCUGGCUCCACGACAAAUGGUGUGUCCAGUCUGAGCACACUAUCCGUGAAUGCUUCCAAGGAUGUUCGGGAUGCACAAUUUGUUCCAAUUAAUCAUGCGUCUUCCAUUAACGACGCCGAAGAAUCAAGCAUCGAAAGGUCGUCAGACCAUGACGACGAGCCUGUGGAGUGUGGAGAAUGCAACAAAGAGUUCUUGACUUUGCAGGAAUACAUGGAGCACCCGUGUGCCCGGUCUGAAUCAGGUAGUCGGGUUGGUCGUGAGGAGAAUCAAGGUUCAAUUAGCGAUAAUGAAUUGAGUGAUGGGGAGAGUUUUGAUGGCAGGAUUGUGUAUAAUCCUGAUGGCUCUGCCUACAUAAUUGAGGGCGCUGAUUCGGACCAGAGUGAUAUAGACUCCAUUGUGGAUGUACCACAGCAAGAGGGUAGUAUAAUUGUGAAAAAGGGCAAAGUUGAGGACAGCAAGGCUUCCGUUUAUCCGCAGAUAGCAAAUGCUUUCUUUGUUCCUAGGAACACAGCUUCUUUUUUCAAUAAUUUCUACAUGGUGUCUGCUCAGAAAUACAUGCCCGAUGCGCCGAUCAUGCAUAGCUAUCGUGUUUAUGAUGUUCGCUCAGCCAAGAAAGAUUUGCUGAACGAGGGUAAGAGUGGAGACGACUGUUCAGAAAGUAAUGAGAAAUCUGCCAUCCGAUGUGAGGAUAGCAUAUCUACCUCAAAUGCUGGGGCAGCUACUGUCCCUACAAAACCAAUUCUCAUGUGCUUUAUAUGUAAACUUUCAUUUGGUUAUACAAAGUCUUUCAUUGCCCACGCCAUCGGAGAGCAUUCAAUGGAUCUGAAUGAGGAAGAAAAAGCAAUAAUGUCUCGGAAAAAUGCGUCGGCGAUUAUUCAAGGAGUAGGUAAACACAAAAAGCCCCUUAUGUCAUUCCUUGAACCCAAUCCAACUCCUGUCCCAGAAACUACAGUGUUAUCCAACCCUAGGCAUUUAACAAAUUCUCAUCCAACGUCAACUGUUUGUAGUACAUCGGUUGAUAAGGAUAGUUCUACAUCUGUCAUUUAUAGCCACGGACGUCCAAAUACGUCUGAAAAACUCACAUCAUCUAGACAUUUUCACCCACAGAACUGUUCUAUACCUUCACAAGACUUAACUUCUCAUAUAACACAUGGCCUGUCAGCGAACAGCGAGGCCGCAAUCACUAGCGCAGCAGCCACGACUUUGUCAUCGACGCAGCUUCAACUGGCCACGUCAGUUGGUUGCCAGUUGACACCAGCUGCUGUGGAAACGACUACAACUGCUGCAGUCACCCCCGAAAUCUCUAACCCCCAUAAUGAGGCCUCUAUAGGAGACUCAAAAGUCCCUUCAUCAUCAUCACCAUCAUCAUCAUCACACUUAGAGUUGGAGAGAGCGACUGUCAGUGAUUCGGUCCCUCUCCCUUACUCUGAGAGCAAUCACAUUGAAAGAACAAACUCUCACACUUUCCUUACCUCCCCCAUUCAAGGAAUUCCUGGAUUCUUGGGGUCCUGCGAUGAGCAUCCGCAAGGUCGGGCUCAUGGGGUUGAAUGCCCUAAAUGUGAUAUGAUCCUCAGCUCCUCUCAGUCGCUAGGUGGUCACAUGACCAUGAUGCAUUCGCGUAACUCUUGCAAAACUUUAAAAUGUCCCAAGUGUAACUGGCACUACAAAUAUCAGGAAACUCUGGAGAUUCACAUGAAAGAGAAACACCCCGAGAAUGAUGCACAGUGUAUUUACUGUGUGACCAAUCAGCCACAUCCCCGGUUAGCGCGUGGCGAGACGUAUGCCUGUGGCUAUAAGCCUUAUCGUUGCGAAGUCUGCAACUAUUCCACAACCACCAAGGGUAACCUCAGCAUUCACAUGCAGUCGGACAAGCAUCUGAACAAUGUGCAGGAACUUGCUAAUGGCGGUGAUAUUAAGCUGCAGACUCAGAGUUUCAAUCAAGAAAAUGCACAACUGAAAAAAAACAAGCCAAAGCCAACUUGGAGGUGUGACGUAUGCAAUUAUGAAACGAAUGUGGCAAGGAACUUAAGGAUACACAUGACCAGUGAAAAACAUACACAUAAUAUGUUGGCUCUUCAACAAAAUAUGAAACAAAUGCAAGGGGACAUGUCACUUCACAUGAACCCUGUCCUGCUACUGGGUCAACAAGACCCGGCUUUACUCAACCUUCAAUCCUCCCUUUCGGCUUCUAAUUCUCAGUUUUCAUUUGAUCAACCCUUGAUUCAGCAAGGUGCAACUCGGAACUUUGAAAUCCCGGUUGACCUGAGUAAGGAGAAUGAUCUGUCGUGCUUUUCUUAUGAAAAUGAUGAGAAACUCGCUGAAGGUGCUAUGAUGCUUCAUUGCUGUGUGUGCAACAUAUUCACAUCGGACACAAUAGACAUGUUGUCGCAUCACCUGAACAUAGACCGUACAAAACAGCAUGAGACGGACGAUAUUAUUAUAUCUGCAGGUAUGUAUAUGUGUAACCUGUGUACGUAUAAAACGAACCUGAAAACCAACUUUUACCUCCACCUCAAAACUGACAAGCACCUUCAGCGUCUGCAGCUUGUGAACCACAUCAAAGAGGGUGGUGCCAACAAUGAAUGGCGCCUUAAGUACCUAACCGUCAACAAUCCCGUUCUCGUGCGCUGCAAUGCCUGUGAAUUCUGCACGAACAGCAUACACAAGCUUCAGAUGCAUGCAAACACGGAAGCCCAUGAAACGUGCGCGCAACUCUUUCAUCACUUGGCAUCCAUAGAGAUGAAGAUACCAGUCGGUCGACGUGAGUUUGUAUGCACUCUGUGCAAUUUUAGUGCUAGAUCCAAGUGUCAAAUGUUUCACCAUGCGAAAUGCAUGAAACAUGCACAAAAUGAUAGCCUAAGACAAUUACAACUUCAGGAGCAAGGGAAAUGCCAACCAAUGGAUCUAUCAGAGAUUUUCAUUGUCAGGGAAUACAUGGACGACAACGUACCCAAGAUGUCAGACUCGGAUGGUGAACCUGAGUUAGAUGAAGAAAACGCUCCUCAACAGGCCGACACCACUCAGGAGUCAGAGGUUGCAAACCACACUGCUUCGCUGGCUCCCUCAAACUCUUCGCUACUGAACACUAGUUGUCUCCUCUCUACUGGUUCAGCUCCCACAGGUAAUGGUGCGAACCAAGACCAAGUCCUUAUGUGUCCCUAUUGCAAUUAUACCAGUAUAAGUGAAAUGAGAAUCCAGGCUCAUGUUCUAGCACAGCAUACCACACCUAAGUCCCCGACCACAACACCGUCAUCGACCCCGGCGUUGCCAAAUACCAACAUCUGCUGCCCACUUUGCCAGGAUGACUUUCGCGAGAAAAGACCACUGGAAAAUCACCUCAUCCAGGUGCACAAUGUGUCGCCCGAGGGCAUGCACCGCCUGCUGGCUAUGGUGGAUCAAGAGUGGUUAGCGAAUGCUGGAGGUAACUGCAAUACAAGUAACAACAGCAACAGUAAUAAUAACAGUAGUAGUAGUAGUAAUACUAACGCUAACAACAGUGGCAGUGUGAGCAACAACAACAACAACAGCAGCAGUGGCAGCAGCGGUGGCUCUACCAUUGCUGCCUCCAGCACCAACACCUCUACGACAACCACCACUACCACCACCAUCACCACGUCCACCACAUCUACUACUAGCAGCAAUAGUAACAGCAACUGCAAUAGCGGCAGCAUCAACAGCAGCAAUUCAUCUUUGAACACUAACAACGGCAGCAGCAUCAACAGCAAUAACUGCAGCAGUACAAACACUACAACAACCAACAGUAACAAUAGCAACACCACUGCCAACAACAAUAAUAACAACUGUAGUAACAACAACAACAUUUCCAUUGCAACAACUACCAACACAACAGUGACAACGAUAGCAGGCAGUGGCCUGUUGCCUACAAUUAACAAAGGCUUGUCUUUCCCUUCAGCCAUGUUGCCAUUUGAAGAUGCCAAAGAUGGUAACUUGGAUCCACUGGAAUUAGAAGAUGCUUAUUUGGGUGAAGAUGCAAUUGAUACUGCAAGCUUGAGUGAAAAGGAACUGGAUGACCAAUUUAGAUGCCAGACUUGUACACAGACAUUCACAAAUAUAGAUUCGCUUUACACUCAUCAAAAUGAUCUUGGGCACCUGGAGCUGAAGCAAACGCCACGUGGUCCCGGCUACCUGUGCUGGAAAAAAGGUUGUAAUCAGUAUUUCAAAACUGGCCACUCAUUGCAAGUUCAUUUCCGUGAAAUCCAUGCCAAACGGCAGAAAAUCUCGAUAUCUGAACGACACGUCUACAAAUAUAGGUGCAACCAGUGUAGCCUCGCUUUUAAAACUAUAGAUAAACUACAGCAACACUCCCACUACCAUUUGAUUCGAGAAUCAACUCGAUGCAGCAUCUGUGGUCGGAGUUUCCGCUCAACAUUGGCCCUGAAAAAACACAUUGAGCUGGCACAUUCUGAUGGAACCGAGAACUCUACAUCAAUACCCGGGGUGCCUGUUAAUGAUGCUGAUCUGCUCAAUAGCCAGGCUGGAGGCUGGGGUAUCUGCUCAAAACUGGAUGUUUCCCCUGGACCUGGUUUGAUGGCACCCAGUGACAUGCCAAGUCUCCAUGCAAAUUCCAUGACCCUGCCGAUGAGCUGCAAAAGCCCAUCGUCUAUAGACUCUAAACCUUCUAUUUCAACUCUAGAUCCCAUGGGGUCUCUGCUGAGCAGCACAUUGAUAAAGACGGAACCAUUGGAUAAGAGUGAGACUGACAGAUCCCUCGCUGCUUUCGAAAGUAGCGCUGAUCUCAACAGCGGCAUCAUGAACGGUGAAAGUAAAGCUGAGCUGACUGAUAACUUAAUGCUGGAUGAAUCCAUUCCAGGUGAAGGCGAUGAGGGUAGUUUGGAUAGCGUUUCUAGUUCGUAUAAAGAGCAACAGUUCAUGGAGGACUACAUCAACAGCCAGGCCAUUGCUGAAGGCAGUUAUGAAGAUCCACUGCGUAAGUUCAAAUGCCAUAGGUGUAAGGUGGCCUUCACAAAGCAGAGUUACUUGACCGCCCACAACAAAACUUUACAACACCGGAAAGGGGACAAGUUGAGUUACCCAAUGGAAAAGUAUUUGGAUCCUAAUCGUCCUUAUAAAUGUGAUGUAUGCAAAGAGUCCUUCACUCAAAAGAACAUUCUACUUGUACAUUAUAAUUCUGUCUCUCAUCUGCACAAGCUGAAGCAGACUCAGCAGCUUGGUGGUUUAUCGGCGCCAAUUAUGCCAACUUCCUGUACACUGACCUCCUCCACCCCUUCCUCGACUCCUACGCCUACCUCUUGCUCUUCCUCCCCAUCUCCUUCCCUUUUAGCCACAAUUGCUGUGCCCACUUCAACCUGUCCAUCAACCUGUCCAUCUAUGAGUGCAGCUGACUUGGAGAAGAAACCAUAUCGGUGCAACCUGUGCAAAGUUGCAUACAACCAAGGUUCAACUUUAGACAUACAUAUCCGUUCUGUUUUGCACCAAGCAAGGGCCUCAAAGCUACCUGAAUUCGCGAUGUCCGGGCAGAUCGACCUGUCACUCCCUCUUAUUGAGCAGCCAGAAGUGCCAAAAUCUCAGAAUCACUCUCAGCAGCAACACCAUCAUCUACAGCAGCCGCAACCGUUACCACAGCAACAUCCACAACCGCAUCUGUCUUUAUUAUCCCAGCCCGAUCAACAGAACCUUCAUUCUGGCCAUUCGCAGCUUCCGCUUCAAUUUUCAACUCAUUCAUCUCAUUCAAAGCAGCCAUCGCUGCCAGACAUUUUACAGAAACAGCAGUCAUUGGUGACUGCCAACAGCUCUCUAUCCCAAGCACCACCUCUCUUGUUCUCUAGCAUGCCCAGCUCAUUGACAGGAAUUCCAAAUAUGCUGCCCAUUUCAUCUCUGUCUUCAAUCUCUUCAUCGACUCCUCAACCUGAAUUUUCCAUUGCCUCUUCCACGUGUGAUGCAUUCACUACAUCAGCUCUGUCUUCUAGUGGACACCCUGUACCUCUUUUUAGCACCCCAGAUUUCGGCAUGAACGGCUCACAUGAUGAGAUGUCUUUGAAACUUGCCGAAGGUGGCAGUGGCUCUGAUCUCCAUGCCAUGUCUCCAAUGAUGAACAUAGGCAUCCACGCUUGCCAAAACUGCAAUUCUGUGUUCAGCAAUCAAGAGACACUGAUACAACACCAGCAGAGUUAUGGCUGCCUGCAGUCUGGAACAGUCAGUCCACUUUCUCAGUCUGCGCAGAAUCUAUUCAAAUCACGCAAUUAUAUUACACGUUUCAAGCAGCACGUGCAUCGAAACCUGUUGGAAAACAUAGGCUUUGAGUGUGUGAUGCAGUUUAAUGAGUUCAACCAGCCAUCGAAUGUGAAGAAAGAGUGUUGCUCUAGCAGUGACACCAGUGACAAAAAGGCUGAGGACAAGCAGCAGCAGCAAAAGCAGCAGCCAUCCUCACUGCACUCGCCAAAGGAAAGCAUCAAGCAGCUUCCAGAGAAGCAAGUUCCAGAGACACUGAAGACUGAUCUUCCAGAGAUCAACAAGAGUGUAUGCACACGGUGCAACAAGGAGUUCUCGAGUGUGUGGGUGUUGAAAGCUCACCAAGAGGAAAUCCAUAAGCUGACCGUUCCAAUUGAGUUCAUUGAAGAGUUUGGUUCCAAGUUCAAGAGUAGCUAUGAAAAAAGACAGCCCAAAGAACCAGAGCCCCUAAUGACGCCAGCACCUCCACCCCCACCCUUACACAUUACACCUGUGUCGCACAGUGCACCAACGACACAGCCAGCACCUGUUGCAGCCGUCCCUGCAUCGCAACCAUCCUCAUCUUCAUCGUCAUCGUCGUCGUCUUCUUCAUCCCAGGUGGUGAACGAGAGGGUUCUGCCUCAUGGUCAGGACAUGGCUAUGGGCCAGAAUCCGCUUGACUUUUCACAAAUGGUACCGAUGUUCAACAUGAUGCACAUGCCAAUGCCGAUGAACAUGAACCUGGCUAUGGGAAUGCACCCUCCACUGAUGCCACUGAUGAUGCCACCUUCGUUAGAGAGCAGCUUUAUGCCUCCAAUCACCAUGAUUGACCCUAAUUUUCUGGCAGCACAACAGCAAGCGCAGCAUGCGCAAAACCAGAAGCGAGCACGGACACGCAUCAACGAUGAGCAGUUGAAGAUACUGCGUGCCAACUUUGAUAUCAACAACUCCCCCAGCGAAGAACAGAUUGUUCAAAUGUCCGAACAGUCUGGCCUGCCCCAAAAAGUUAUUAAGCACUGGUUCAGAAAUACCCUUUUUAAAGAGCGACAACGGAAUAAGGAUUCACCAUACAACUUCAGCAACCCGCCACAGACCACAAUAAACUUAGAAGAGUAUGAGAAAACUGGUCGGAUACCAUCACCUUCGGAACAUGAUCUUGACGCAGAUUUCAAGGAAGACAUGAAGAAUCGUUAUGACGACCAACUGGACGAGUGUGAUUUGCCUUCCCAGAUGGACCAUUCUUGCAGUGAACCAGAAUACACAUCUUCAGUGACGUCAGUUCCAAUCACUUUCCCAGCAGCAAUGGCUCUUCCAUCGCCCAUGGUCAACCAUCUCCCUCAACCAGUACCAAACCACAUUGCUUCAACUCCAGUUGGGCCUCGUCAUAUUCCUCUUGACUUCCAAGAUAAACCUGACUUCUUUAGUAGCACCAACAGCAUAAGCUGCAAUAACAACAGCAACAACAGCAGCAGCAUCAGCAACAGCAUCAGCAACAGCAUCAGCAACAGCAUCAGCAACAGCAUCAGCAAUAGCAUUAGCAACAACCACCUCAGUAACAACAACAGCCACCAUAGCAACAACAACAGCAUCAACAGCCAUAUCAACAGCAGUAACAACAACAAUAUUAUCCUCAACAGCAGCGGUAGCAGUAAUAAUGGCAACAACAGCAGUAACAGUGGAAGCAAUAAUUCCCAGAGUGGGUCUGGCAAACGGGCGAACCGCACACGCUUCACUGACUACCAGAUUAAGGUACUCCAAGAGUACUUUGAGCAAAAUGCUUAUCCAAAGGACGAUGACCUUGAUCACCUGUCGAAACUGCUUAACCUUAGCCCUAGAGUAAUUGUGGUGUGGUUUCAGAAUGCUCGUCAGAAAGCUAGGAAGAUUUACGAAAACCAAUCCCCUGUUGAUAUCAGAGAUGAUGGCUCGGGCACCUUUAACCGAUCUGGUCCAAAUUAUCAAUAUCAGUGCAAAAAGUGCCAUUCGAUCUUCCCACGCUAUUAUGAUCUAAUGAAGCACCAAAAACGGCAAAACUGUCAUGAAGGUGAGAAAAGUGGCUCCUUAAAUGCCACUCAUGAUGAGGAUAGCAAUUCUACUGUGACCUCCCAGGAGGACACCAGCCACUCAGAGUCAAGUGAAACACAUACAGCAGACUUGUCGAAGCCCAUUUCAACUAUUGCAAACAGCAAUUGUGGCCCUGUCAAAGAAGUAACCUCCACUUCAACUGUGAUGGCCAUCAUAAGUGCCAAUCAGGCCACGCAGUCGACUGCUGCUGCCCCUCCAACUGUGACCACUGCAGUUUCUUCCACUUUGUCCUCUUCUUCCUCCUCCACAUCUUCUUCGCCUUCCUCCACCUCCCCAUCAAUUAAUACCAUUCCUUCUUCCUCAACGUCCUUACUGAGCCUGCCGGCCCCUGCCGUUUCUGUUCCCUGCCCCAGCACUGGUACUAGUGGUGCUGCUGGUGGUAGUGGUGGUGGUGUGUUGUCCUCCACCUCUUUAGCCAGCAAUAACAACAGCAGUAGCAGCAGUAGUAGCAGUAGCAAUAGCAGCAGCAGCAGCAGCAUUGGCACUAAGAACGAACUGCACAGGUGCGACAAAUGUAAUCUAUUCUUCCCCAAAAUCGAACAAUGGCAGGAGCAUUUAAAUGUCCAUUCUCUGAACCCGAACCUCUUUCCGAACUUCCCCAAUGACAGUACGUUUAGUGUACUGCCAACUGUGUCUCCCUCACCCCAACCCCAAAUGCAGCAACAAGCGACCACGCAUCAACUCAGUUUGCUGCACGACAAAUCUCUAACGCCGAUAAAGCGUAAAGCUGAAGAGGAAGAAGAGGAAAGAGACCAGCCGAGAGACAAACGAUUGCGAACGACUAUUUUACCUGAACAAUUAGAUUACCUGUAUCAGAAAUAUCAGAUUGACUGCAACCCUAGUCGUAAGCAGCUGGAGACCAUUGCUUCGGAGGUGGGGUUAAAGAAACGAGUUGUACAGGUGUGGUUUCAAAAUACUAGAGCACGGGAGCGCAAAGGGCAAUACAGGGCGCAUCAGCAGCUCAUACAUAAACGUUGCCCAUUCUGUCGUGCUUUAUUCCGAGCAAAAUCUGCUCUGGAAUCGCAUUUAGCAACAAAACAUCCUGAGGAAAUGGCGAAGGGCGAGAUAAAUAUUGACAACAUUCCUGAUGCAACUGUCGAUUCAACACCUCCACCCCCUCCACCUCCACCUGUUUCCCAGGCAGCUUCAUCUUCUACCCACUCUACAGGUAACCAAGAUCUCAGUAAAUUGUUAUCUCCUUCGAGUAUGCAGCACUUCCUGCCUUUCAUGCCGCAAGGCAAUCUAGGAAUGGGUUUUUCUGGGCUCUCUGAUCCUCUACAGACAUCAAUGAGACAAUUCUGUGAAGCUUCGUUCAAGAAGUUCAUCAGUGAACUCAGUGCUGCUAGUCACGUUCAGCGUCCGUCACAAGCUGCCGUCGAGUCUCCACAGAGCAAGCAGGCAGCCUCCGAACCCGAGAAAAAGCAGCCGGCUCGAGUUGUCGAGAGUAAGAGCUCUGAGGACAAUGAUGCUCCCCUUGAUCUUAGCAAACCCAUCCGCGUGAACACCGAUUGUGAAAAGACUUCAUCAGAUGGUCCAUCUACUGAUAUGAGUGAGAGAAGCAUGGAUGGAUACCUUCGCAGACAUAGUCUAGACGAUUCUGUAUCAGAAACACAUUCCGAGAGCCAUGAAGUUGAAGGGUGCGAGGAUUCUAGCGGUUUGAUGGAGCACAGCCCGUCAUCACCGGCUAAUGCUACGUCAUCUUCCUCCUCCUCGUCCCAUCAGCAUGGCAAACGUUAUCGUACUCAGAUGAGCAGUAUGCAGGUCAGAGUGAUGAAAACAUUAUUUGCCGAUUACAAAACGCCAACUAUGGCGGAGUGCGAAAUGCUCGGCAGAGAAAUUGCAUUACCCAAACGUGUUGUUCAAGUCUGGUUUCAGAACGCCCGAGCGAAAGAGAAGAAAAACAAACUGGCAUACACCAAGACUUUUGGAACGGAUGUGGAUUUCUCGAAGCCACCCGAAGAAUGUACUUUGUGCAACUUUAAAUACUCGCACAAGUAUACAGUGCAAGAUCACAUUUUCACAAAGAAGCACAUCGACAAUGUGCGUCAGUUUAUCCAGUCCCAGUCAAACGCAGAAAGGGAGUUGGCGGACCCUUCAGGAAUGACCAAAAUGUUGCAACAGCAGCGUGAGAUUGAGCGUAUGCGUAAAGUCUGGGACGAAGCAUCUGUUGCCAGCUCUCCACACCUGGCUCAGUUACAAGCAAUGAGACUCAAUGCACUCGGAUUGCAAAGUACUUCCAGUGCAUUUAACACGCCAUUUAAUGCAAGCUCUUUUUUCCCUGACGUCAAGAAAGAAACAGUGAAAUCAGACGGGGAGAAAAAAGAAAAGGAAGAAACACAAAGCCGUCGAGAGGCUACAAACUUCCUGUCACCUCAGCUGAUGUCUCCUUUUACCGGACUAGGUUUUGAACCAGGUUUAAUUCCAAGUAUAUACACAGGAUUUCCAAACUUUUUCUCUGGAGGAGUAAAUCUUCCACUUUUCCAAUUUGGUUUAAUGCCGGGGAUGGAACAGCUACUCGCCUACGACCCUGUGACAUUUGGAACUCCUCUAUCUUUAUUACAAAUACCAGAACAAGCUCGACGCCAUGUCAGUGCCAAACUUAUAGAACCCAGUUCUUCUGUAGCCCAGUAUACCCAAGAUUGCAAGACUAUUGCAGAUCUCAAAUCUGCUUUGUCUGAGAACGAUUUUAAAUGUGCUCAAGAGAGCACAGUAGAUGUUGGUUAUAUAUGCAAGAAGUGCCACAUAGUGUAUCCUGGCAAAGAUGGUUGUGACAAUCAUCAACAUUUGAUAUGUUUUCCAGCAGGGAAAGUAUCUGAUGGCAUUAAGCCAAUUUUAAAACUCGAACAACUUCAGUAUGAGUGUCUAGCAUGCCAAGAUAAAUUCUCCACAUCGCAAGAAUUUAUACUACACUGUAAUCAAGAUGUUCACAAAAGCAAAGCUUUACGCCAUUUCUCCAAGAGUGAGUGGAGAUUAGCACCAUCCCUUACACCAGCCCCUUCAGAAAACAAUAGUAGUAGUAGUACAAAAGAGUCCAAAUUGCCUAGCACUUCCCAAUUGAGCUCACUGACUAAAUGUCAGGGUCGAGGGAGCGAGAAAACUCCUUCGACGCCUUCAGACUCUGCUGCCUCCACAAUCAGUUUGGCUGACCAAGCAAACCGACCAAGUGAGCCCAAAAAAGCCAAACUGGAAUGAAUGAUAUAAAUAAAAUAAAAUUAAAAAAAAUAAAUUGAAUAAAAAAUAAACAAAUAAAAAAAGUGU